UUGAGAAUAUCAGCGAGCCACUUCCUGGAGGACUCAUAAUCGCGCAGAGUGCUCACCGGUUCCCGACAGAGGACACAGUCAUGAAUGGCAGCGGGGACACUGCUUCCCAGGUGAGGGCAUAGGCUGCACACCACCUGCCGGGUAUGGGCACAGAGAGCGACAGCAUGCUUCAGCUCGCAGCUGAGGCUUUCCAGUCCAAAAACUUCGACCUGGCCGCGGACAUCUACGAGUGCCAGCUAGCGGGUGUCGGAGAUCCAGGGAGCCGACAGGAGCUGAUGGUGAAGCGGGGUGACGCGCUCGCUUUCGGGGGCAAAUUCACCGAAGCUCUUGACGUGUACCGGCAAGCCUCAGAGACCGAGCGACUGAAGCCUGCGCAGCUGGCCAACCUCAUAGCGUACCUGUCGGGUAGCAUCCGGAGGCAGGACGCGGGGGGCAGCCGGCGCAGCAGCAGAGGAGGAGAGGAGGCGGCGGCGGCACCGCCAGCACCACCGGGGCAUGUAGCUGCUGCCAGGGCUACAGGUUGCGGGCAUGCGGACUUCUCCUGUCGGAUAUGUCUGAGCUUUCUGUUCGAGCCCGUGACUCUGCCGUGCGGGCACAGCUUCUGCAAGAAGUGUCUGGAGAGGGAGGCGAAGGAGAAGGAGCGGCCGGUCGUGUGCAAGGAGUGCAGGGACAACUCCCUGGCGGACGUCCAGAGUUACCGGGUGAACGUGGUGCUCAGCAGCCUGCUGGCCAAGUGGCUCCCCAGCCUGCAGCAGGCCGGCCGGCUGAGGCGGGAGGGGAACGGGCUGUACGCCGACAAGAAGAUGGACGCGGCGCUGGAGAAAUACAACCAAGCCAUCCUGAUAGCACCCAUGGACCACAUACUGUUCAGUAAUCGCUCCCAGAUCAACUCUAGCCUGAAUCACUAUGAAACGGCUCUGAGAGACGCUGAGACGGCCUGCAGACUCAAGCCUCGCUGGUCCAAGGGUCAUGUCCGUAAGGCCCAGGCCCUGGCGUCGCUGGGUCGGGUGGAGGAAGCUCUGAGAGAGUACCUGGAGUGUUUGUCCAUAGAGCCUGACUGCAGACUGGCAAAGAUUGAGGCUCACAAGCUCCUGAGUCAUCUCCUGGCUCCAGUCACAGACCAGGUCCCUAAACACAUCGCCGACUACUCCUGCAUAGGGUCUUCCAGAGCACACAUCAAGAGCAGCUUCAGUGCUCCCUUCCAGUCUCUUAGUCCCAGCUUGUUGUCUUCAGAGUCCAGACUCACCUCCACUCCUCCCACACCCGUUCACAGUUUCCUCUUAAAACGAAAGCGAAGAAGCUCAGAGGAGAAGCAGGAGGUGGAGGAGCAAGGACUAGAGAGGAACGACGAGCACAAGAGAUGUAGAUCUGAGGCGGUCACUGGCUCAUCGAGCUGUGAGGUCUUGGACCCAUCAGAUGUGGAGUGUUCCCUUUGUAUGAGACUGUUCUAUGAGCCUGUGACGACGCCAUGCGGUCACACCUUCUGUCUUCAGUGUCUGAAGCGAUGUCUGGACCACAACCCAAAGUGUCCGCUCUGUAAAGAAGAGCUGUCCAAGUACCUGAUCCAGAGGCAGUACUCUAAGACAGUACUAAUGGAGAACCUAAUAUCUAAGUAUCUUCCCUCCGAGCUCAUGGAAAGACAGAAGAUCCACCAGGAAGAGAUGGCUGAGCUCUCCAACCUUAACAAGAAUGUGCCUAUAUUUGUGUGCACCAUGGCCUUCCCCACUGUGCCGUGCCCUCUCCAUAUCUUCGAGCCUUGCUACAGACUGAUGAUUCGCCGAUGCAUAGAGACAGGAACAAACUGCUUUGGCAUGUGUCUGGCAGACAACCUCAAAGGGUUUGCAGACUACGGCUGCCUGUUGGAGAUCCGCGACGUGAAGUUCUUCUCUGAUGGUCGCUCAGUGGCGGACACCAUCGGUAGACGGAGAUUCAAAGUCAUUCAGCACAGCGAGAGGGACGGAUACAAUACAGCUGAUAUAGAGUACCUGGAGGACGUUACGGUGGAGGGUGUAGCAGAACGAGAGCUGCAGUCUCUGCAUGAUGCAGUGUACGACCAGGCCCUGGUGUGGGUCAACUCCCUGAAGGCAGAGCAGAAGGAACGCAUUGAAGGACACUUUGGACCCAUGCCUGAGAAAGACCCCGAACUUCAGGUCGGCCCCAAUGGUCCGUCAUGGUGCUGGUGGUUACUCGCCGUUCUUCCGUUAGAGGGCAGAGCCCAGCUGCCGUUUCUGGCCCUCACUUCUCUGAAAGAUCGUCUCAGCGGUAUCCGCAAGGUGCUGCUCUUCAUGGCCCAGAGCAGGCACCGGUGAUAUGCUUUCUGGAAACAUUCGCCCACCUGAGUAAAUGCAGUUUACCCUCCCCCCGCAGCAGCAGUUGACCUGUUGUUCUUCCUUUUGAUGCACAAAAAAUUGACAAUAGAUGUUGUUGCACCCUUCCUGACGCCACUUGUUCAGAAAGCCACGCUGGAUUUCAUCUACACCUCAGCAGCAAAGAUGAAAUACAUCUGAUGGAACUGACCUCUUCCAAACAUUAAGUUCUCAACAGGUGCAGACUUAAGCUACAGUCAGACAGGAGGGGAAUUACGUUUGAGAAUCAUCACCUUCUAUUGUAACAUUUGAUGUCAUUUGAUGUCAAUGCUAAUGAAGCUAAGUGUAUGUUUCUGUCUAACCUCUCUCCGUUCAGCUCCAAGCUGUGGUGCUGAAAUGUCUUCAUCUGUCCGUGCUCCAGUGUUGCCUUUCUGGCCCUCCUCCAUUAUUUUCGUAGUUCUCUGCUCUUCCUGUUGCGUACAUGUUGUGUGUGGAAUGACGCACCAAAAAACGACAAAACAAAAGUCAUGGUGCAUCUUUGCAUUCUUAAAAAAUGGUGUCUAUUCUGUAAAAAAGCGGAGCUGCCUCUCUCAUCGUAGCUUUAAAGCAAAGAUGAAGCAAAGUUCUGAAUCAAAGUGUCCCCAUCCUAUAUCUCUUUAUAUGCACAUGUCAAUUCUAUAAGAGACCAAACUAUGAAUUUGCCUUUUUGUGUAAAUACACUCACCACAGUUGAGUGACCAAUUAUAUUACAAGUGAUAAGAUAAGAUUUAUUUCUUUGAUUUCAAACUAUUUGCUGGUUGAAAUCUAUGUAAACUGGGUGCAGACAUUUAUAGUUAAUCCUGUAACUUGAACAACUAUUAGUUUUUAACAGUCGUUCUGUCGGCUUCCCUUCCGUUCCUCUUCCAUUUCUGUCUCUGUCCCUUUCAGCUGACAGUGGACUGAACCUUUACAUCGAUAUGCUUCAAGGCUCUUGUUGUUAUGUUUUGUUCAUCCAAUUUUUUCUAAUUUGUUGGAUUUUUUUCCAUUAUUUAUUUUUAUCAUUAUUUAUGCAUGCAGUGACAUUGUUUACAUUUCACGGAGAGAGAUGCUGAGCUGCUCACUUUUUUUAUUUUUUAACUUAUCAUUUGACCCAAACAUCAGCAAUAGUGACCUGCUAACAGAAACACCCUUCACUCAAUCCAGAAAGGGUAACAACAUGGCUGACACUGACAACUGCACAGGGCACUGUGAUCCCCGGUGACCUAAAUUUCUGGAGUAUUUUUAUUGGCCUGUCAUAAUGGGAGCUAUGUUGACUUAAACAUAUUUGGAUUCCUCCGCUGUCUGCAGCCUCUCUCUGGCUGAGAUAUUUGUAAAGCCCACAAUGCAGCAAGAAGUCCUGACCAGGACCUGGAUUCCUGACACCUUAAUAUCCCUCAAGAGUAUUUAUUCAGUAUUUAUUCUGACUUAUUUUGCACCACUUUAAGUAAGGGAAUAGAAACGGUGCAGACAGGCCUCUGUGUAUUUAUUUCCCCCAUGGCAGAAGUUGGAAUACUUUUCUUUUGCAUCUCCUCGCGGGACAAAAUGACUGCUAAAGAUCUGCAUUCAUUAGAGUGUGACCGGUGCUACACUAUUAGUAAAGGCUAGUGCCUUCACUUCACAGAAAAAUGUAGUGUGGAAAUAUAAUGCCUAAAGUAUAUACAUACCAGGUUCAUUUUACCCUUCAGUUUGAAACUUUCAAAACAAGAUUUUCACAGGAAGGAAAUACUGUAAAUGGACUGAAAACAAAAGCAACAUAUUUUUGUGAAGAGAAAUGUGUUUAAAAAUAUUGAGGCCUUGCUGAUGUCUGUGACAUAACUGUUUUUACACAGCAAAUGUUCAUCUAUGGAAAAAUGCAUAAGAAUGUUGGGCUUUGUUUUAUACAUGUGUUUGAUUUUACAUGUUUCUAUGUCAAUCAGGUUCUUUGUAUUUUAUAAUUUUCCUCAUUCACUGGUGUAUUUGCCUCUCCUUAUUUCAUGUGAUUGUACAUGGAGCGUCAUGUGAAAUAAUCCACAUUAAGGAUUUUCUUUUGAAAGGGCCAAAGCCAUGUAAUGAUGAGAAAACGAAAAAUACUACAAUCUGUAUAUAUUUACCCACAAUAAUUUGCUGACAGAAUUAAUGCAUUUUAUGAGUUUUUUACUGCCAUCAAAUGGUGGCUAUGUGGCACAGAAUUAAACAGCAAUACUUUAUAAUGUAAGCUUCUAUUCUAUAUUUUUGUGUAAUGAACAGAGUGGUAAAUGCUGUUGUUUGAAGAGGCAUUUGCACAGAGAAACCCACUCUGUACGAUAAUACGUACAAUGAUAGCCUCAGUAGCAUCGCUGCUAUCAUGAUUCGAUAACCAUUAAGAAAUUAAAAAUUAGCUCAGACUGGGCAGGAAAGGGAAAACUAUCAAUAACCACACCUCAAGUAUAACAGCAUAUCACAUAAAUAAUUCCCACUCAGAGAAAGAGGAGGCAAUGGUAAACUAUUGCUUCAUGGCAUGGAAAUAAUUUAAAGUCAGUUAGAUCGACAGUAUCAAAAUGAGCUACGCGUAACAACUGUUUUGACAUAAAGGAAUAGUUUGACAUUUUGGGAAAUUAGCUUAGUUGCUGUUUAGUCCAGAGUUAGAUGUGGAUAUUAUUUUUAGGUUUUGUUAGGAUGAACAAAAUGUGAGACAACAUUUUGUAAUGUGCUUCAGGUUGUCGACAAGUUGUCAUUUGUGCGAUUAGUUUUUGAUGAGUUAAACAACCAAGCUGUCACAUGUUUCUGUUGUUUUGGAGGUGCUGAUCUUUAGAUAGAGCCAAUCUAACAGUUUCCCCUGAUUCCCCCCUCAAUGCCAGUUGAAAGCCAACCUGCUGCUAGCCCUAGCUUCAAACAUUAGAGUUGUAUCAAUCCUCUUAGCUCUUGACAAGAAGGUGAAUGAGUGUUUUUCCUAAAACUAUGUCAAACUAUGCUUUAAUUACAAUGACACGUAUGCAUACUGGCAAACAACAUACUUAGCUUCAUCCGCUGCAGCCUUGGGCGACUCCUAUUAGCAGUAACUAUAUAUUUAUUUAGCUGCUAUAUUUAUAAUUUUUAUUGCACUUGUCACUGCUGAGAUUCCAUAGCCUCGGAUGAUUAAAACAGGUUAGAAGAUGCAACCAAGUUGGAAUAUUAAUACAUUGGCAUUUGUCUUGGUGUCACCUACUGAAUCCUUAAAGGUCAGGAUUGGUCUAUAACCUGCUUUUACAGCUUGAUGGUAACAUUCAAUCUUGUGUAGCAUUCAAAAUUCAUGAUAACUGUGAUUAGGAAAAUAGCCACUGACAGAAAUGUGUGUCCCGAGGCUUUUUAUUUUAAUACCUCCAGUUUGUAUCACUGACCAUAACAUUGCAGAUGUAGAGGAAGUUUGAUCUUUUUUACUUUUGUGCCGCCCAGCUAUGCAACAACAGUUCACAUCUUGACCUUUCAGAAUUCAACCGGUGACCUUUUGAAGAAGUGUAACUACCUCUGGUACCCUCUUUGAGCACUUCCACAUAGAGAGACACAAUAAUUAUGCUUCCUAAUUUUAUUAUUUUCUUGUUAUUGUUGUUUAAUCUGUGUUUGAAAUGAAAUUUCAGAGUCUUGAAAUAUAUAUCAUCACGUGUCCCAUCAGUGCUCCAAAAUGUACUUUUUGUUCAAAAUUGUGCCUGUGUUAAAACGCACCAUCGUCGACACCUCACAUUUUUUAAAGAGAUUAUGUCACUGGUCAGUUCAGCGAAGAGAAUUCUUUGUGAUGUGUUUGAUGCUGAUCCCAAAUAUUUGACGCAUUUGAAGAAGCGCUUAAUUUUUCUUCCCUUCCAAUUUGAACAGCGUCUUAGAAACAAAGUUAGAGUCAAACAGAGUCGAAUCCCUGGUUGAACCUCCGACUUCACAUUCUUGCUCUGCUAUUGGGCGUUAAACACUUCACAUCUUUAAAAACCAAGCGCUUCUCACGUGUUCAAAUAUUUGCACUGACUUCAGUUACUAGAUUGUCUGAAUCUUAACUCCUGUAGAACUCCAUGGCCUCUAAAUGUGUCUGGGUGAAUUCGCACAAGAUGAAUGUAUGUAUGUCUCGACAUCGUUCUGAUGUUUUUUGUACGUGUCUGCUUUUGAUAGUAAAACUUUAGUAUUCAUUAACUUUGCAAAAGUGGAGUCUGAAGCUACGGCUUGUGAAUAAACCAAAAGGAUUGUGUUCAUGAUUCUUUAUUGGAUUUUCGAAUGCACCUGACUGGACUAGAA